AUAUAUAAGUACUGGAAUUAAGAAAAUAUUUAUAUUUUUAAUCAAUCGAUUGCUCAACUGAUCGUCUGAUCAACCGAGCUGCAACGAUCAGUUGAUGUUCACAGCCGAGUGUCAGAAGACACAAGGGGAGUGGGAGGCGGGGGCUGAGAGGUGAAACCUGCCUAGCAACACACAUCCAGAUGGGUUUUUUUUCUGGACAGACUGAACAUUAGCUGACCUCUGGUCCAACUCCCACAGGUUAGAGGUCAGGAACCUCGUGGAUUCAGUUUUUAAUUUGAAUCAACUUUUUGUGAAUAAAGAUGACGACCAGGUGUGUGUAUGAUUCAUACGUUUAAAAAUAUAUCAGAUCAUUCCUGGCUCCGCCCCUUUGUCCAGAUCUACAUGAUCCAUCAGAUGGACAGACAGUGAGAGACAGACGACUAUUAAAUAUAGAUCACAUUGUUUCUUUCAUCGUUGGACUCGUUUGUUUUUGUCUUUGUUGUAAAUCGUCUCAUGACGUCAGAGUUUGGAUCUAAACGGAUCAUUUGCAGUUUUUAUUGUGGGGGCAGUGACGUCACUCCCUCUAGGUGGCAUUCCUGAGGAGGGGGGGGCACGAUCCAAAUUCCUCAGCUUCGACGGGAGUGAUGCAUGCAGGGAGAAAGCGCACACACACACACACACACACACCUCUCUGCAGCAGCAGGAACAAUAACCGGAGCUCAGACCGGAGGAGUCACCGCAUCAGUCCGCUCCGGGUCGCGGCGCCGGGCAGAGGGAACAUGUCCUCCCCGCAGGUGCCCUCGUCCCGCAGACAGUCGUGUUACCUGUGCGACCUGCCCCGCAUGCCCUGGGCCAUGAUCUGGGACUUCACCGAGCCCGUGUGCCGCGGCUGCGUCAACUACGAGGGCGCGGACCGGAUCGAGUUCGUCAUCGAGACCGCCCGGCACCUGAAGCGGGCGCACGGCCUCCAGGAGGGCCGCUCCCCCGCCGGAGCACCGGCGAGCGGGAAGGAGCCGGUGGGGCUCAACCGGCACCAGGCGGACGCACCGGGGAAGAACCAGCAGCCCGGUUUGGACCGCUGCUCGGCUCGGUUUGACUACAGCGGCAGGCUGCCCAACGGGUUGAAACCGGACGACGGACCACCCGAGCUGAACCGGCAGAGUCCGAACUCCAGGAGCAGAAGUCACGGGGGCCCGGUGUCGGCACCGGGACAGAUCAAUGUGCCGCCGAACCUGCUGCCCCAGACCCUACAGGGCAGAGCCGCCCCGCAGGGCGCCGUGCCCGGUCAGGUGGGGACGUCCGACCCGGGAGGGAAGCGGCCCGCCUCCGUGUCCAGCACGGACCAGGAGCGGGACGUGAAGGAGAAGCAGCGGAACGCGGAGACUCUGUCCGAGCUGAGCGAGAGUCUCCGGAACCGGCAGGACGAGUGGACCAGCAGGCCCAAGGCGGUGCGCGACACGCUGGUCUCUCUGUCCGGCUGCGCCCCGUUCGACGUCCGCUUCAAGAAGGACCACGGGCUGGUGGGGAGGGUGUUCGCCUUCGACGCCGUGUCCAAACCCGGUUGUGACUACGAGCUGAAGAUCUUCAUCGAGUACCCGAGCGGCUCCGGGAACGUGUUCUCCAGCGCGUCGGGAGUGGCCCGGCAGAUGUACCAGGACUGUAUGAAGGACUUCGGCCGAGGUCUGUCCUCCGGCUUCAAGUACCUGGAGUACGAGAGGACGCACGGCUCCGGGGACUGGCGCCUGCUCGGGGACCUGCUGCCGGAGGCGCUGCGGGUCUUCAAGGAGGCUCUGGGCGGAGACAUGCUGCCGCAGCCGCACAUCGACGGCAGCUUCCCGCUGCUGCCCACCUCCCUGCUGCUGUCCGGCCGAGCCCCGGCCUCGGGCAGCGGGGGCGGCGGCUCCAGGGCCGCGGUGAGGAAGAGGAAAGCGUCGCCGGAGCCGGAUUCUGCGGAGCAGCAGUGGAUCAACAGUCAGACAGAGGCGCUCAAACUCUCCAUGUCCGCGGGCUCCUUGUCCGGGCCCCCGCCCCCCGGGCGCGCCACGCCCCCGGAGCCCGCCGGACAGUCCCCGAUGGCUGCGCUCAUGUCGGUCGCGGACACGCUCGGGAAUGCGCACUCGCCCAACAAGGACCGGGACUCGGUCCACUCCACCACCUCCUCGUCCAGACACAACAGCAGCAGCCCCGUGUCCCCCGCCUCCGUGUCUGGACAGAGGCGCCUCUCGUCCCGCAACGGAGAGCUCGGACUGCCCGUCCCCGCUCAUUCCGCGGGCGCCAUGGACCAGGUGCAUGCCCAGAAUGUGCCCGACUCCCCCAUGGCCAACAGCGGGCCCCUGUGCUGCACCAUCUGCCAUGAGCGGUUAGAGGACACGCACUUUGUGCAGUGUCCCUCCGUACCGAGCCACAAGUUCUGCUUCCCCUGCUCCAGAGAGAGCAUCAAGGCGCAGGGAGCCUCCGGGGAGGUGUACUGCCCCAGCGGGGAGAAGUGCCCGCUGGUCGGCUCCAACGUGCCCUGGGCCUUCAUGCAGGGGGAGAUCGCGACCAUCCUGGCCGGAGACGUGAAGGUUAAGAAGGAGAGAGACCCGUGAGGAGGAGGAGGAGGAGGAGGAGGAACACACUCUCCCUCUUCCUCUGCAAAAAGAAAAACUUGAACCGAGUCUGUGAGUCUGUCACGAGGGAAACCGUCGAUCUGGUCGUGAAACAGUUCUGGAACCAAACACGUCUGAAACCAGGUGCAGCGGGUGAACCAGGUGCGGCAGGUGAACCAGGUGCACCAGAUAGAUGGUAACUGGUGAACCGAGUCAUGUUAAGUUGAAAACAGAUCAAUACCUCAACAGAUAAAUAUUGUGAUCUGAUGCAGUGUGGACGGUCGGCCACCAGCCGUAGUUCGAGAACUAAUCACAGUAUUCAUGAUAAAAACCUCCCGUCCAGUAAAGAAGGAAAAGGUUGAUUAUUCCUCUUCGUCCCUCUCGUCCAGUCUUCCUGGUGUCUGCAGGUCGGUCCUGUAUCAGGACGGAUCUGGUUUGUGUCUCUGAUGAAUCAGUGAUGUGUGACGGUUCCCGCAUUUUGUCUUUGAUCUCCGGUUUCAUCAAACCUCUGAGGACACGUCUCCUGCAGCAGGAGGAGGGUUCUGGUUCUGGUCCUGGUUCUGGUCCGGGGAGAGUCUGGUCACUCUUAUAGGAUGUAGAGUAUGAGUCUGUUUCUUAUAUACCAGCUGUGAUAUUGUCUUUGAAGUAAAAACAUACAUUUAAUCCUGACGACCAGGUCACAACAACGUCUCUGCUCUGAAUCACAUCAUGAUUAAUGAUUGAUGAGCGUCCAGUGAAAUCUGGUAAUGAAAUGUACUGAAGGGAUUUAGUUUAACUUCAGCCUUGAAGCACCUUCAAGACUUUCAGUAUGAUUCUCGGUCUCACAUUUCUUUUUACUGAGAAAACGAUUCAUUGAUAUAAAAUCUGUAAAGUUCAGUUUCCCUCAGCAGCUAUAAGAGAAACAAACAAUCAAUCCAUCAAUUAGAAGCUCAAAUGUCAAAUCUGACGUUCUAGUUUCUGUUCUGGUUCUAGCUUCUCAUCUGGUUCAGGUUCCAGUCUCUGUUCUAAUUCCAGCUUCUGUUCUGGUUUAGAGACACAUUGAUUGUCAGACAUAUACGACGGGAGGUUGUCGACGUACGACGACAUGAGAAGACGAUGGUUUCUCUCCGCUGACAGAUUCUAAAGCAGAAGAGAAGUUUUCAGGCUGAGCAGCUGCGGACGGACCCUGUUCAAGACGGACUCUGUUCAAGACGGACCCUGUUCAAGACGGACCCUGUUCAAGACGGACUCGGUUCAAGACGGACCCUGUUCAAGACGGACUCGGUUCAAGACGGACUCGGUUCAAGACCGACUCGGUUCAAGACGGACUCUGUUCAAGACGGACUCUGUUCAAGACGGACCCUGUUCAAGACGGACCCUGUUCAAGACGGACUCUGUUCAAGACAGACUCUGUUCAAGACGGACCCUGUUCAAGACGGACUCUGUUCAAGACGGACUCGGUUCAAGACGGACCCUGUUCAAGACGGACUCUGUUCAAGACGGACCCUGUUCAAGACGGACUCUGUUCAAGACGGACCCUGUUCAAGACGGACUCUGUUCAAGACGGACUCGGUUCAAGACGGACUCGGUUCAAGACGGACUCGGUUCAAGACGGACCCUGUUCAAGACGGACUCUGUUCAAGACGGACCCUGUUCAAGACGGACUCGGUUCAAGACGGACUCUGUUCAGGACGGACAGUUUCUCCGAGACGUUGAAUGAAACAUAUAAAUAUUCUCCUUGUGGGUGUUUCAGAAGAAGAGUUGGAGUUGUUCUCGUUGUUGUGGCAGUGACGGACGUGAAGCUGUGAUGUUGUGUUUGAAAAGACAGACAGGUUCAGAGAGUGAGACCGGUUGAGAGAGCGGGACAGCUCUCAGACGUCAUCAUCGCACCUCAGUUGAUUUUAUACGAUCGUGUUUUUAUUUUUUAUAGGAGUUUUGAACUAUUUAUUUAAAAGGAAUUCAUUUGGUUUUUUAAGGUAUUUAAUUGAUUUUUGUGAUUUCUAUUUUUAUUUAAACAUUUUAAUUUUUUACAAAUUUUUACUGCAAUAAAAGUUUUUUCUUCAGUCGUCGUGUUUCAGUUGAGUUUGAUCCAGUGAACACGUUUGAUGUUUUCUCUUCCUGUCGUGUCACAUGAUGUAACGUGCCUUCGAGCUCAGUCAGUUGUAAUAAAUCUCAUUGGUAUGAAA